AUGACUAAAUACAACGGCAAAGGCUCUUCUGUUUUGAAAGAUGAUGUUAAAAAGAAGUUUUUUGAGUUGGCAUAUUCAUGCACUGAAAAGGAAUAUCGUUUUCAUUUGAGAGAGUUGAGAGAAGCUGGUGGUGCUGAUAUUAUAGAUCCGUUUCUUGCUGAUCUGCCUGUUCAAAAUUGGUGCCGUGCAUUUUUCCCUGGAUGCCGUUAUGGAAUUAUGGCUAAUAGUAUAGCUGAAUCUUUUAAUGCUUGGUUUGCUGUUGAACGGGAGAUGCCAGUGUACACUAUGCUUGAUCAGACUCGGAUUAGGGUGAUGCAGAUGAUGGGUGAGAGGAGAGACGAGGCACAGCUUUGGACCUCGCAACUUACUCCUGUUAUGGAGGGUCGUUUGAAAGAAGGUAUGGAGAAAGCUUGCCGUUUCAAUGUGCAUUACUCCCAUACAAAUGUUUAUGAGGUUAGAUCAAAGUAUUCUUAUGUUGUGGACCUUGGAACUCCUUCGUGCACAUGUAAAAAAUGGGAGAUUAACUGCUUCCCUUGCUGCCACGGUCUUGCUGCAAUUCAAGCUGCGUCAUUGGAUGUUUAUGCUUUUAUGGAUAAGUAUUUUUAUGUUGAUUAUUACAAGAAGUGUUAUGAUUUUCCAAUUUAUCCAAUAUCUAAUGUUGAUAUGGCUUCUUCUGAAACUGCAAGUAAUGACUACAUACUUCCUCCAAAUGCAAAAAGGCCUCCCGGGAGGCCUAGGCUCAAGAUGUUCAAGUCUAGAGGAGAGUGUGAAAAGAAGCUCAUUCGUUGCGGCCGAUGUGGCAAAAUGGGACAGCAUAACAAGAAGACCUGCACUGAACCUAUUUGA